CUUUACAGUUUAAAUGUCAAUAUAACUAGCAGUGCGCAGUCAUUGAUUUGUGUUUUCAUUGUCUUUCUCUGGUCAUAACAAAUAAAAGAAAAGAAAUUCAAUGUAAAAUCUCUAUGUAUUCUUAAGCAUCUCUAAAAAAUAUUCUUCGAGUGUAUAAAUUAAUGUUCCAUAUUGUGUUUCGUGUUUGUGUUACACCAUAAUAAUCCUAACUUCUUGAAUGUCAUACGCAGUUCGUGUUACUGUUUUUUUAAAUGUCUGUAUCUUUGUGUGUUUUACGAAUUGAAAUUGACGAAGAUCUGCCAGAGAUGGCUAAUAAUCUUGCCGAAGUCGAACAUGCCCAAGAACAAAAGAAGAAGGAUCGCGGGGCUCGGGAAUCAAAAACUAUCACAGUAGAAACAUAUGCUAGUGUAGUUUCUGGUCGAUCUUCCGGAACUGGUAUACUGCCAACCAGCUCGCGCAGAUCUCCACCUGAGGCUAGCAAUGACCGAGAAACCAUCAGCUUCUUCUGUGGAAAUCCCCUCGUUGAAGUUACAAAGGGGGUCUUACAUUUGUAUAAAGAAAAUGAGUUAAAAGAAACUGAAGAGGCCAAGACCCUCUGUCUCCUGUCGGUUCCCGGUGCGCUAGGAGCUGCUGAUCUCUUAGCGUUUGCGGCUGCAUGCCAACAGGACAUUUGUCACGUGAGAGUACUAAGAGACGGCUCGCCAGAUCAUUACAUGGCUUUGUUUACAUUCCGCACGUACGAUGCUGCCCGUGAGUUCCACACAGCUUUUUCGGGUGUUCCGUACAGUAGCCUGGAACCUCAGGCCCUGUGCCACGUGGCUUGGGUCUCCAGGGUUGAGUACGCUCGCUCGGGGACUCCGCCACCCGCACACACCGAGCUGCCCACCUGUCCCGUCUGCCUCGAGCGUAUGGACGAGAGCGUGGCUGGUGUCUUGAGUGUACAGUGCUCGCACUCCUUCCACGCGGACUGUCUCGUACGUUGGAGUGACGCCCGCUGUCCUGUCUGCCGCUGUGCACAAACACCAGAGCCAAGGGAGAGAGCUGUCUGUCUUCAGUGUGAAAUCGAGGGAGGGCCUAUCGAGGAGGGGGGCCCCAUGGGUGAGGGGGAGGGAGCAGGGGAGGCGCUGGAAUCGUAUGGCUCGCUCUGGAUCUGUCUGAUAUGUGGACAUGUCGGCUGUGGAAGAUAUGAGAAAGGGCAUGCAGCUAAACAUUUCCUUGCCUCGAACCACACAUACGCACUUCAGCUGGGUUCAAACCGAGUCUGGGAUUAUGCAGGUGAUAACUUUGUUCAUCGUCUAGUCCAGAAUAAGGCGGACGGUAAGCUAGUGGCGGCUGAGGGUGGUGUCGGCUCUGACGCUGGAUGCCAUGAGAAGUUGGACUCCGCACAGCUGGAGUUCACAUACAUACUGACACACCAGCUGGACAGCCAACGGGCCUAUUAUGAGGAGAAGAUUAAUAGACUGGAAAUUGAACACCGUGCCACGACCGCGGCUGGUGUACGUCGAGCUGAGACCGCCGAGUCAGAGGUCAGCGAACUUAGGUUGAAACUUAGCAUUCUCACCAGGGAACACGUGGCCGUCGAGAGGCGGAUGCAGAGCCUAGCCAAUAAGGUAACGACACUACAAACUGAGCUGCAAGAAGAGCGCGGGCUGGCUUCAGCGCUGGCGUCCUCGCACAAACAGUGGCAGGAACAGGCGAGGAAAACGGAGGAGGCUCUCACUAAAGAGGUGAGCGAGCUGAAGGAAGAACUCAGGGAUGUGAUGUUCUUCGUGGAGGCGCGUACGUCGCUGGCAGCCGCAGCGCCAGCCGAGGAAUUAGCUGAAGCUACAGUCACCGUCGCACCGGCCAAGCCGAGACGCAAGCGGCGAUAGAUUAUACAAAUGACACCACAGAUUACGUAACAAAACGGGACACGACAGAUUUUAUUAACACAAGUGACACACUACAGAUUACGUAACAAAAUGGCACAGCACAGAUUUUAUUAUAUAAAUGACGCACCACAGAUUAUAUAUCAUUACAAGAGAGAUAUACAGCUAACGAAGAUUAGCCGAGCGCUCUCAUAAGAAGCUCACAAGGCGAUAAGUUACUGUGUUUUACUAGCUAGUAUACAGAUACGAGACGGUUACAUGUCAAACAAUAUAUUUUAGACACGUAGAGAAAAAUUAAUGUUUUACAUACAUGAUUAUAAUGAAUACAGAGUAAUCAACAUAUUUAUAUAGAUUUAAAAUUAAUUUUUAUAUAACUAUCUAUUUGCCUUCGCUUGAAUUGUGUAAAUGAAAAAAUAAUUUUCCAUUUAAUUAUGGGACAUAAAAUGCUAUAAAUGUCUGUACCAUUAUUAUAUAGAUAAUAAAUUUAAUAUAAAACUGUAUUUACAUUUAGAUCAGGUUGAACAUAACUUCGUCCGUUAUUAGCCAAAGUAAGCUUUCGCGAAUCGCACGGCUAAUCAAAAAUAUAUUACUUUAGUAGAAAUAUUGAGUCCAAAUAGACUCUCUUAAACUAACUUUCAUUACUACUACAUUUAGGGCGCAUUUUCAUUGGUCGAUAAGGCCCGCAUUCGGGGUGCGGGAGAUUUCUGUAACGCAUGCCAUAGGGCCCACAAAGAGUUUAUCGUUUUCACUGGUCGUCAGAGCCCGCAUACGGGGUGCGGGUGAUUUCUAUAACGCAUGCGAAUUCCGUUAUUCCGGAAUGCGGAUAUCACCCGCACACGUUUAAUCGACCGAGUUAUCGACCAGUGGAUUUCAUUGGUUGUUAGCUCGCAUGCGGGUACUCCCCGCAAUCGGGCUAACUACCGACUUAUCGACCAAUGAAAAUGCGCCCUUAAGUUGUGUAAUUUAUUACUUUCAAUUCUUACUUAGCAAAUUAUAAAAUGUUUGUCUUAGCGUGAUAAUAUAACUGAUGGUAAGCGCAGUUUUAUUAAUUAUGAUAGAUUAUAAUUCUUUGUUGUGUUUAUAAAAACCUAAGUGAUCGCUUCAUUUUUCAAAUAAAACUUGUAAUAUGCUGUGUACUUGUAUAUAAGAAUGUCAAAUAAAACAAUAAAAAAAAUAUACUUUA